AAAUAUGUGUCUCUCCUCAAUGUGGUCAGAGCACCAGAGGGAACCUCUCCUUUUCUUGGUACGAAUAUCUCUCCCCAUCCUGGACCCCGAAACAAUCCUACAAACCACACCCUAGUAAGAUCUAAGCUCUUUGAGGUCAGAGACUAUGUCAUUUUUUCUUUGUGAACUUCCGGCUCCCAGCUGGUGGUUUAUAUAGAAAAGGUGUUUGGUUUGCAGAUAUAAAGUUUAUGAAAGGGUCCCUUUUGUUUCAGUCUUCCUUCUUUUCACUGCAUUUUAGACAAAAUGGGUGAUAAACCAAAGAGCGCCUAGAGGAGGGCUUUGAGGUCAAGAUAAAGGAACUGGGGCUUAGCAUUCGCCUCUCCCCUUCAGAGGAGAUAAAAUAAGUAUUUUUGAAGUUAUUAUAUGGAAUAAAUACACUUCCAUUGUGCUUGGCCAAAGAGAGGAAAACCAGAAACAAUGGGGGGACAUGACAGAAGGGAUGAUUUCAACAGAUUCUGCAAGUUCAAAGCCAAAGGGCCACCCCGUGGCCGGUUCCACCUCCCGAGAAAACAGGCUCCCCGUAAUGAAGACCUUCCGGGAAAUCUUCACGACCCAGUGGAGUGAGCGGCCAAGGCAAUGUGAGCUGGGCCCUGGAGUACCCUUGAGGCAGAGUCCGUUAACUCCUCCUCUCCCUAGGUCUUUGCCUUCAGUGGCGGGCGUCCAGGCCAUCAAUUUCAUUUCGCCCGUCGCCUUCCUGCCUCGCUAUUGGCCCGCGGGUCUACCAGAGUCCCUCGGGUUCUCCCGGCGGGCCUCCCCAUUGGACAGACGGCAUGCGGCUGCUGCGGGGGGCGGGGCCGUUCCUUUUCCGGGUCCCGCCCCCAUGCCGCCGAUGCCCCCCCCCUCCCUCCCCUCCAGGGCCGUCUCCACGCCCCCCUUGCUGGCCCCUACCCCGGCCGCCGGCAAGGACAACUCGCUGAAGCCGAGUCUGCUGUCGUUGCUCCCGGGCACAUCAUCGACCAGCUCCGAGCAUAGCAGGGAGACGGUGCGGAGGGCGAAGGAGGGGGAGUCGCUGAGGACCACUAUCUGGGGUCGCUGCAGGAGCCGGCGCACCGCCCGGAACUACGAUCCGAAGACCCCGAGCCAGUCUCCAGAGUCAAGCCAGGGCCCGGGCCCGACGUCCUCGAGCUGGGGCUCCAACGGCAUGGCCACGGCGGUGCUGGGCGCCGGCCUGGCGCGGAUCCUCUUCUACCCGACGCUGCUGUACACGCUGGUGCGCGACAAGGUGUCGGGCCCGGGACACCGCGACUGGUACAACCGCAUCGACGCCACCGUGCUGCUGGGCGCACUGCCGCUGCGCAGCCUCACGCGCCGGCUGGUAGAGGAGGAGAAUGUCCGGGGAGUGAUCACCAUGAAUGAAGAAUAUGAAACAAGAUUCCUGUGUAACACUUAUGAGGAAUGGAAAGCAACUGGAGUAGAGCAAUUGCGUCUCAGCACAGUGGAUAUGACUGGGGUCCCAACUUUGGAAAACCUAAAGAAAGGCGUACGCUUUACUCUAGAAUACACGGAACAGGGGAAAUGUGUCUAUAUUCAUUGCAAGGCUGGGCGCUCCAGAAGUGCCACCAUGGUGGCAGCCUAUUUGAUGAAGGUAUACAACUGUAGCCCAGAAGAGGCUAUAAAAGCUAUCGCCAAGAUCCGCUCCCACAUCCAUGUCCGAUCGAGGCAGGUAGAGGUCCUCAAGGAAUUCUACAAAGAGCUCUUGGCUGAAGCAGAAAAAUCUAAGGCUUGAAAAUCACUGUAUGAAUGAAGUAGGGGGACUGGAAAGAACUCUUAAGACUCUGCUGCUCAUUACAGAAUAAAGAAGUGCAUUCAGUGGA